UUGGCUGCGCGUUUCGGCGCCGAGGGAUGCGUGGUAGCUCCUCCCCCAGGCCGGGGCGGACGGAGCAAUGUCGAGGUCGGGAGCUUUGCGGCAUCACAAGGUACUGUCUUCUGGAAGGCUAACAGGAGCAGCUAAGUUAUCAAGUGGAAAAAAACAGAUUGGCUUAAGAAAAGCAUGCCAUUCUGGUGUGGACUCUGGCUACUCUCUCUAUUCCACUGACUCUGAGGAUCAGGUUGUAACUAUACAUAACGGGCUUGAUCGCUGUGCAGCAUUACUGCAGGAUAUUUUGCAAAAUGAGGCCACAGGAAUGGAGACAGUAAAUCGAAAACCAGGAAAAGUAACUUCUGUUAAGGCUACUGCCAGGCCUAUACUAACCAAAGGAAAUAGUUCAAAAAAGAAAGGAUUGAAGAAAAAUGUUCUUGCUGCCCAUAUUCAUAAAGAAAUUGUGCCCGUAUCAAAUAGGAAACCAGCCUCUUAUAAUACACUUGCUGUUGACAAAGAGGGAGAACUUUCCAGCGCAGUACAAAAUCAGCCUGUUCAACCAAUUCAUGUGCCUUUUAAUCAACACUCUCCUGUGAUGCAUCAGAAACUGUGUGAGCAUGUGCAAACCCAAAUGUCUCUGAUAACUGGCCAAGUUCCACCCAGCUGUAACGGAAUUCCCACUGUACCUGCUUACCCUGUUUCAGAUCCUGGAUAUCAAAGUGUUACAGCAUUUAAUUAUCGUUUACCUACCUCCACACCAACUCUGUCCCCCCAGCAUUCAGCUAAUCCUUUACUCAUUCAGUCUGGUGUUCCUGCUGACAGUUACAACCAGUGUGCACCACAAGCAGGAGAAGCUGUGUUUUUCCCAGGAGUUUCUGCUGCUGCUUGUGUUUCUUCACAAGCGAAGUCUGUCACCACUGAUCCUCAGAUGACACCCUGUGUACCACUAAAUGUGCCAAAUAAUUCCACAGUAUCUACAUUUCUUCCAGCAUCUUAUGGCAGAGAGAUGACUUCAAACCAAGGAAAUCAUGAGCAACGGGUAAAGGAGGCAGACUUGAUAAGAUGUAUACAAGCUCAUCUGGCUCUCUUAGAACCACAUGAAUCAGAGAGUGACUGGGCUGGUCAGAAGUACCAGAAAUUUGAUCCAGCACAGUCCAAGGUCUCAGAUACCAAAGAAGAGGAAACCGCUGAGGAACAUAGUGAGGGUACUACCAGUGAAGAAGAGGACUUGAAUGCAGUGGACAUAGCACCAGUGAGGGAGACAAGCUGUCAGACAAGUUUUGACAAAAAAGUUUUAAAGUCUAAAAAAGCAAGCCCAGAAAAAACAGCCCAAAAAGUUAAAACUAUAAAAUAUCUUUUGGGAGAGCUCAAGGCACUGGCAGACCAAGAUGAUUCUGAAAUAUUGAGGCUAAUACAUGAAGUAGAAGACUGUGUUUCAUUACUGCCAGCAGUAGUUGGAAGUACUAAUGUACAAGCUGAAAUAGCACUUGCUAUACAACCUCUCAGAAGUGAAAAUGCCCAAUUGCGUAGAAGAUUAAGAAUAUUGAACCAGCAACUCCGGGAGCGAGAGAGAGCUGAAAAGGAAUCCAGCCUGGAUUGCAACUUUGAAUUAGUUUCUCUACAGUCCCUGAAUAAGACACUCCAGAGUCAACUCAAGGAAUCUUUAAAGGGCCUUGAAUCACUGCACAAUAAAAAUGAAGAACUCCUUAAAAUAAUAGAAAACCAGAAAGAAGAAAAUAAACAGUUUGCAAAAGUUAUCCAGGAGAAAGAUAAAGAACUGCUUGAAAACAAACAGCAGUAUGACAUUGAAGCUACAAAGCUAAAAAUUGAAGUGGAUGAGGCACUGGCCAAUGUGAAGAGCUUCCAGUUUAAGUUGGAAGCCUCGGAAAAAGAAAAUCAGAUCUUGGGCAUAACAUUACGUCAACGUGAUGCAGAAGUGAACAGACUGCGUGAAUUGACUCGAACCUUGCAGAGCAGCAUGGCCAAGCUUCUCUCUGACCUCUCUGUAGACCAUGUUAGACAUAGACCUGAAAAAGCUCUUACAAAAUCUCUUCUGGAAGACUAUGAGAAACAGCUGAAACCCAACCCAUUCCCUGUGAGUACUUCCAUAAUGAGUUACCUCAAAAAAUUAGAUAGUGAUCAAAUUUUGACAAAUACAGAACUUCAGUUUUCAAAUAAAACUGGAGAAUUGGAAAUGCCAGUUCUAGCCCAUGAAAAUUUUGUUGCUGAAGGAUCUCAUAAAAAAAGUACACUGUUAGCAGAGGAAAUAACAGCUCAAAGAAUUCUUCCUCCCCUGUCAAAGCAAGAUACAGAAACAAUUAGUGAUUCUGGGACUUUAAUAGAGGAAGAACACAAACUAGAUGAGACCAUUUAUAUUCCAUUGACUAGCAGUACCUCUAAAAAACAGCCAUCAAUAUGUGAAAGAAAAAUGUGUGCACAACACCAGGUCAGUAUGGCUUCCAAGAAGUUGGACUAUAACUGUGGGCUCUCUGACUCUCAGAAGCAGAAUGGAUUUGGGAUGUUGGGUGAUAAAAAGAUUUUUGAUAAACUCAGCGGUGGCUAUGACUUGAGAAAGACCAUAGAAAAUACAUCUGAAACCACAGGGAAGACGACUGAGCUGGAAGGAGACAGGCUUCUAGUGAGGCCAAAAGAAAUAAUUGGAACUGCUGAAGAUUUCAGAGACAAAUCAGAUAGACUUCAGUCUGAUAAAUACCUUUACACUUGCAUGCCACAUCAGGAGGAGAACUUUCAGAAAAAAGGCACUGAAAUGUCUGAGUCUAGUUUCUCUACUUUUGACUGCAUGUCAGGAAAAUCUGAAUGGAGCAUGUCUUCCUUCUCAACAUUUACUUCACGAGAUGAAGAAGACUUUAAAAAUGGGCUAGCAGCCUUGGAUGCCAACAUAGCUAGAUUACAAAGGACUUUGCAGACUGGCAUUAUGAAACAGUGAAUGAGGAAACUAAAGACUGUAUUUUGUUCAGAUAAUUGUUAGGAGUUUUUUUUAGUAAUUGAAUAUGAUGUAUAGUUUUUGGAAUGUCAAUAUUUGUAUUGUGUUUUUGUAUAAAAUGGCUGGUUCCUAAUAGUUAAAUUAUGACUGGAAUUUAUUUUCUUGGUUAAUGAAUGAAGGUGCUAUUUCCCUUGUGAAAACUAUCAUAAUUAGUGCAAGGGAAGAGUUGUUAAUUUUAAUCUCUGCAUUUAAGAAUUUUAAAUAAGUUUUAUACUGUAGGCAAUAAAACCUUUUUCUAGUAAGUGGUGGAUGAAA